AAGAGCUUUUUGUUUGGGCUCUUUUGAAAGUGUUUUAGGGAGUAGGGGAGAGUUCAGGUGAUAUUCAACUUUGCUGUAAGAAACGUGCAGUGUAGUAGCAUUUCUUUAGUUUACAGACUGUUGUCUUAGUAGUAUUUUUUUCUUUUCAAAAAAAAUUUGGGAAACUGAAGACAUGAUGAUUUCGUACAAUUGUAAAGGUAGUUAAGGUCACCCUUACUGUCCGUAAUUUAGUUUAGUCCUCUAGAAAGGAGGCCAAACAUUUUGGUGAAAACAGUAAACAAAACCAUUCUGGCUGGUACUUUGGCCGCCGGUGCCGUGGUCGGUACCGGAGCCUGUGUAGAAGAAUUCCGUUUUUUUUUUUUUUCUGUUCAAGUGAUAAUGGAUCAGUGUGUGACAGUGGAGCGGGAACUGGAGAAAGUAGUACAGAAAUUUGCUAGUUAUGGGCAGCAUUGUGAGCGUACACUUGACGAACUCAUCGAGUAUACCAGCAGCUUGAAGCAGGAACUAUUACAAACAGCACACCCAGAUGAAGGAUUGUCCGGAACACUUUCCCUCGUCUUAACCCAAUGCAGUAAAAGGAUCAAAGAUACAGUUCAGAAACUGGCAUCUGAUCACAAGGAUAUUCACAGUAGCGUCUCCCGAGUAGGGAAAGCUAUUGAUAAGAAUUUCGAUGCUGACAUCAGCAGUGUUGGAAUUGAAGGAUGCUGGCAAGCCGAGAGCCAACGAAUCCUUAAUGAGGUGAUGGUGGAACACUAUUUCCGACAGGGUAUGCUUGAUGUAGCAGAAGAACUAUGUCAGGUAGAAGCAGGCCUUACCAUGGAUCCCAAUCAGAAGGAACCAUUUGUGGAGUUAAACAGGAUAUUAGAAGCAUUAAAACUGCGAAAUAUGAGACCUGCACUAGAAUGGGCAGUAGCGAAUCGAGAAAUGCUGAUGGCCCAGAAUAGCACCUUGGAGUUUAAACUACAUAGGUUGUACUUCAUCAGCUUAUUGAUGGGAGGUACUGCAAAUCAAAGAGAAGCACUGCAGUAUGCCAAGAACUUUCAGCCGUUUGCUGUGAAUCACCAGAAAGGUGAGGCUGUUUUCCCUUUGCUUUAGAAGAAACUGUCCCUU